AUGUCUGAACAGACUACUAUUCAAGCAUUCGUCCGCCAGGACCAAGCUGGUGACCCCACUAUCACCGACAUGCUCGGAUCAGAGAUGGUUGUGGUUGCCGUCGGAAAGGUACAAGAGAAGAUCACCAUUCAUAAGGGAUUACUUGACAAUUACGCCCCUGCUAUGUCCAAGGCGGCUGUCCUUCUAUCUACUCAAGCCCCCAUCUUCGAGUUGGACCUUCCUAAUGUUGAUGUUGCCGUCUUCAAGCUCUUCGCCCAGGUCAUGUACUCUGGUGGACAAGUACCAUCCAUCACUGCUACCAUGUUACCUCUCACCCAGAUAGUCCUUAUCAGAUCCUUGGCUCAGCUGUACACCUUCUUCGAGAGAUACCACAUCAAAUUUGAGCUCUGUAACAAGAUCAUGGACCGUAUCCAGGAUGGAUAUGUGGUCAUGAAGACAUUCCCAAGCUCUGAUUUCGCCUCCUCCAUCUACAAAAACACUUCCCCCGUCUCCAAGCUUCGACUGUUCGCCACUUCAUGCCUGGCUUAUCAGCUCCGCAUGGAGGUCGAUGCUGGCCAACUUGAUCAUUUCAAGGACUUCCUAAUGGCUCAUCCUGAGAUGCUUAAGGACUUUCUCGCUACUAUGAAGGGUUACGUCCCCGAGACAGAUCCCCGCAACAGACAAUGCAAUGGGGAGCCUGGCUGCACUGAGUGUGGAAGCAACAAGGAGCGGAUGGCUGGUAUGACUGGCUAUUGGCCAUGCUACUUCCACAUUCACUAUGGCUAUCUCCACAAUGGUAUCCUGAAGAUCGUGCGCCCAGCAUAUGCCACCGAGGAGGAGGUAGAGAUGUACACAGAUCCAGGCUGUUAUUUGUGGAACAUUGAUGGACAUGGAGCUUAUUAGAUCUCUGAAGCAUUUUGCCCGAUCUUAGAUCUUCAUAGCG